CAAAUUUUGGUCACUUUCAGUUGUUAAAUAUUUUUCAUAAUAAUGUUAGUCAAAUUCGUUCUCGCUACUAUCCUGGUAAUCCAGGCAUGUUGGGCCACACCCUUAAGCCCGCGUAUCACGGGUGGAAAUAAUGCCGAACCAGGCCAAUUCCCAUAUCAAGUAUCCGUUCGCUGGGCUUUUCCACCUUUUCUCUCUGCCAGACACGUUUGUGGUGGAUCUGUCUUAAACAACAACUAUGUGUUAACCGCUGGACACUGUGUCUUUAAGUUUGGAUCCUACAGUGUUGCAGUUGGUAAACACUAUCUUCUUCGAUCCGAAGAAACUGAACAAGUCAUCAAUGUCGCAAAGGCGAUCGUUCACGAAGGCUACAAAGGAGGCAUAUCUCAACAUGACAUUGCUCUAUUGAAAUUGCAAACGCCAUUGAAUUUUAAUAAGAGAGUCGUAGCAGUCAGUCUUCCUGCUCAAGAUAAACAAGUAACUGGAAAUGCAGUUCUUACGGGAUGGGGCUCGGUAUCGACGAAACUUAGGCCAAUACUUCCGUCUGUUCUUCAAACAGCUGUAGUCCCUCUAUUAAGUAACGAUGAAUGCUUGGUUAAACUCCAAUCCGUCAAAAGUAUCACUGGAAAGAAACCACAACUUUUCUCAACUCAAAUUUGCUCUAGUGCUGGAAGUAAUAAUAAUCUUUCUGCUUGUUCCGGUGACUCUGGUGGUCCAUUGGUUCAGUUUGUUGAUAAAAAACCUGUCCAAGUUGGUGUCGUCUCGUGGGGAACUUAUCCAUGUGGACAUGGCUUGCCAUCAGUUUAUACUCGCGUCGCUUCUUACGUUAAGUGGAUCAAGGAACAUACGGCUUAUAUAAUCAUUGAUAUCUCGCUACUGACGCAUUGGAAAACGGACUAUAUAAACCAAAGUAGAAAAUCGAAAUGCACAUUAAACAACAUGAUGAAGCUUAUUCUCUUCGCAACACUCUUCGUGGCGGCUCUUGCCGAGAAGCCCUAUCUAGGUUUCAAUUUACCCUUAUUUUCUCCACGUAUCGUUGGUGGAUCAGACGCAGAGAAAGGUGAAUUUCCCUAUCAAGUAUCCUUGCAAUGGGGUUAUACUUGUUAUACUAGUAAACACUUCUGUGGUGGAUCGAUCUUAAACGAGAAAUGGGUUCUAACUGCUGGACAUUGUAUUAACGCUGUUCCAAGUAUAGGAAAAUUGUGUGUGAAAGCUGGAAAACAUAACAUUCGUUACUCCGAGAGUAGCGAACAAACUGUUGAAGCAGAGAAGUCUGUUGUACAUGAAUCCUACCCAGGUGGUGUUGCUCCUUUCGACCUAGCUCUGAUAAAACUAAAGACACCUUUAAAACUAAGCAAAUCAGUAUCCUUCAUCAAGUUACCAAAAUAUGAAAGCAUACCAAAAGGUAAUGUCACUCUCAGCGGUUGGGGAUCAGUAUCGACAACUUCUAUCGCAAAGAUGCCCGAUGUUUUACAAAAAGCGAUUCUUCCAACUGUCGAUCUUGAUAAAUGUAAAGAAGCAUUAUAUAACAUAAUUGGACCAUCGCCUCUUCACGACACUAACGUUUGCACUGGUCCCUUGACCGGCGGAUAUUCAGCUUGCAGUGGUGAUUCUGGUGGCCCCCUCGUUCAGAAUUCUACUGUAAUUGGUAUCGUUUCUUGGGGUAUCAUACCAUGUGGUACUUAUGGUGCGCCAUCUGUCUAUACGAGAGUUUCUGCAUUCACUAAUUGGAUCGAAGAGAAGAUUAAUAACAAUUAAUAUUUCACUGGAUACUUUUAACAGGAUACUUCCAACCGAUCACUUUCACUUUCGCUAAUAACAUUUUUUUCUGCAAUAAAGAAAUUUUAAAACAUUUA